AUUUGUUUCUACAACAACAACAACAAGAAUGGCGGAUCACAGGGUUGCUGUUGUGCUCCAGACGCUACUGACCAUGAUUAAUAUGUUAGUGCUACAACUACGGUGCUUCUACGACAACCACAAGCAACUAGUGGACAUGAAGAACCACAUACACGACAUGUGGCUAAAUCCACCGCGGAGAACAACCAGAAGGGCGACCAGGAGAAAGUUUUGGGUAAGACCGGGCAGAACUAGCAGUUGGUGGGACAAUUUUGUCAAUGGCGUUGUCGUGGACGAUGAAUGGAGGGAGAACUUCCGCAUGUCCAAAGCCUCUGUCGUUGCCCUGACUGAAGAACUGCGCCCAUAUAUCGAGAAGAAAACUACAAACAUGAGGGCGCCAAUUGAUCCACUGAAAAGGGUUGCUGCGGUUCUUUAUUACCUGAGCGACGAGGGAAGGCUACGGAAGACUGCUAACGCCUUCGGAGUUUCCCGCCCGUCUUUGUCCCUCAUUAUUAGGGAGACAUGCAGAGCGAUCACCAUCCACCUGGGUCCAAAAUACAUCAAGCUGCCUUUUACUGAGCCCGAGACCGCGGAUCUGGUUGAGGGGUUCCAUUGUACACAUGGCAUGCCACAAUGUUUAGGAGCAGUGGACGGAACCCACAUCGAAAUCAAGCAGCCAUCUAACGACUCCACUAGUUACAUCAACAGGAAAGGAAAAUAUUCCUUUAAUGUACAGGCUGUCUGUGAUUACAGGUACCGAUUCAUGGAUGUCGUGGUAAAGUGGCCUGGGAGUGUGCAUGAUGCACGGGUCUUUGCUAAUUCCAAGCUAAACAUGUACUUAAAAACUGGAAAGAUCCCUGCUCUGAAAAAACAGAUUGUGGACGAAGAGGAGGCCAUACCAUGUAUGUACAUAGACUGUACAUUUUUUUUAAAGGUGUUUAUUAAGAUGUGAUAAACAUUCUUUGUUACAUUCCCUGUCCUCACUGUGCAGCUCCUUCAGCGACAGGCUGCUGUACAAUAUUCAUAUACCUGGCUAGGUAUAUGUACCUGGCUGCUAAAUCUGAGGACUGUUACAGGAUUUUUUGUAUUAUAUCCUAACUGUUUUUAGUACUUUUUAAUGCAUGUCACAUGUGUGAAACUAAGCAAAUAACUAUGUGAUUCUCCAAUGUCAAAAGUGUGAAACUAAAAAUAAAAUUGGCUGCAACCACUUCCAGACUUUCUUUGAACUUAAUGUGCAACAAAUGUCAUCAUCCUCAUGAAUGAAGUUAUAUGGCCCAUUCUACCGAGUCAGGUUGUCCAUAUAUAUUUUGUACCGUAUUUAUUUACACAUAUAGUAAAAGAACCGUACAUUU